GAAGUGUGCAAUGAUGGUGGUAUGAACUUGAUGACACAGGGGCAGAGCACUCUCUCAGGUAUUCAUGAUCUCCAUACAUCCAGAGCUAGAAAGUUAAAAGCCAACAAAAUCUUCCGAUUUCUUAUAUCUUUAAAACAGGCAGUUCUCGGUUUGCAAUAGGUUCCAUUCCUCGGGUCAGUUUUAAAAUAAAUGUGCUUUGUUUCACAUCGAUGAUCUAAGUAAGAUUAUCUUUAAACAUGCAUAGCUUUAUUAACCCAGCACUUUCAUUGCUCAUAAUUUUAUUUUGCUGCAACAGGGAACCUGUCCCCCUUCGACUGUGUUAGUGGUAACAUGGUAUACCAUCAUCAGAGCCAGCAACACGGAGGCCAGCAGCCUUCUACCUCCGCACUCCAUCCUGGUGCUCAGCCUCCGUCAUCGCUCUCCUACACCCCCAUGCUGCUGGGCAGCUCCCCAGAGCCCCACCAACUGACAUGUGAUAAUGAUAUGAACCACCAGGCCAGUGGCCAUGAUGAGGACCUUGAACUCGAUACUGUGAUAAAAGACUUCAGCCCUGACUGGGCUUACACCAAGGUAGACACACUCAAGUCAUAUUUUAAUUAGCUUCAGACCUGUUUUGGCUUACACCAAGGUAGACACAUAUUCUAACUAGCUUCAGACCUAAUUGUGCCAACAAUAAGCUAGACACAUAUUCUAAUUAGCUUCAGCCCUAAUUGUGCCUACACCAAGGCAGACACAUAUUUUAACGAGCCCUGAUUAGGCCUACACCAAGGUAGACAAACUGAUGUCAUAUUCUAACUAGCUACAACAUUAUACCAUAUUGCUCAUGCUUUGGUUUUGUUUGAUUUUUAAUGAAAGGUUGUUAAUGAUAUGUAAUUUAUGAGUCAGAUUAACAGUGAAGCAUCUUUGGAGAACAAUUACAAUUUUAUGUAUAUAUUUAACAUCACCUUUAAUUAUCAAUAUUUAUAUUUUAAUUUUUAAGCAUCCGAAAUUUAAACUCUAUCAACAAAUAUGUAUCACAAUGGUUGCUCAAUUGGUUAUUGUAAUUUAAUGAAUUCAGUCACUGUCAAACCUCUUAAUACAUUUGAAAUUCACAUUAUUAUAACACAUGUUUGUAUUCCUGACCAGACCAACACCAAGAUCUUGGUUGCUGGACCUUGGUUUAGUGAGAAUUCCAGCUACACAUGCGUCUUUGAUGGAGAGCAUCUGCCGGCCAUCUUGCUGCAGCCUGGACUUCUCAGAUGCUACACGCAAU